AUGAGCGUUCAUGCCACCACCGAGACCGUCGACGAGGCCGCUAUCGUCGCCCAGGCGGAAACCGCGCUCGGCGAUAUCGCCAACAUCAAAAGCGAGAUCGGCAACGUCAUCUUCGGUCAGGAAGACGUCAUCCAGAACGCGAUCGUUGCCAUCCUGUCGGGCGGCCACGCGCUGCUGGUCGGCGUGCCCGGUCUUGCCAAGACCAAGCUGGUCGACACGCUUGGCACGGUUCUGGGGCUCGACAGCGGCCGCAUCCAGUUCACGCCCGACCUGAUGCCUGCCGACAUCCUUGGAUCGGAAGUGCUCGAGGAAGCCGACGACGGCAAGCGCCAUUUCCGCUUCGUCAAGGGACCGAUCUUCACCCAGCUCCUGAUGGCCGACGAGAUCAACCGCGCCAGCCCGCGCACGCAAUCGGCCCUGUUGCAGGCCAUGCAGGAAUACCACGUGACCGUCGCCGGCCAGCAUUACGAUCUGCCCGCCCCGUUCCACGUUCUGGCGACGCAGAACCCGCUCGAGCAGGAGGGCACCUAUCCACUGCCCGAGGCACAGCUUGACCGGUUCCUGAUGCAGAUCGACAUCACCUAUCCCGAAGUGGAGGCCGAGCGCCGCAUCCUGAUCGACACGACCGGCAUCGACGCGGCGGUCGCAAAUCCGGUGGUCACCGCGCAACGCCUGCAGGAGUUGCAGACGCUGGUGCGCCGCAUGCCGGUGCCCGAAAGCGUGGUCGAAGCGAUCCUCAGGCUGGUGCGUUCGGCGCGCCCGGGCACCGGAACCGACGCCACCGACCGCCACGUGGCAUGGGGCCCCGGACCGCGCGCCAGCCAGUCGCUGAUGCUGUGUGCCCGCGCCCGCGCGCUUUACGAAGGCCGGUUCGCGCCGUCCGUCGACGAUGUGCGCGCCCUUGCCGAGCCGAUCCUCCAGCACCGCAUGGCGCUGACCUUCGCCGCCCGCGCCGAGGGCAUGAGCGUCGGCACGGUGAUCGCCGGCCUCGUGGACGCGCUGGCGCACACCCUGCAAAGGGCCCGCCACCGCGCCUCGCUGGUGCCCGAUCUUCUGGUCGAUGCCCGCCGCAUCGCCAACACGGUGAUGGCCGGCUGGCACGGACGCCGCCGGCGCGGCAUCGGUGAGACCUUCUGGCAGUACCGGCCCUAUCAGGCAGGCGAGACGCUGGCCCGCAUCGACUGGCGCCGUUCGGCCCGCGACGACCAAACCUAUGUCCGCGAUCUGGAAUGGGAAGCGGCGCACACGGUCUGGAUCUGGGUCGACCUGUCACCCUCCAUGCUGUUCCAGUCGCGCGGUGCGCGCACAUCGAAAGAAGAGCGCGCGCUGAUCGUCGCCAUCGCGAUGGCCGAUCUUCUGUCCCAUGCCGGCGAACGCGUCGGCUAUCCGGGACUGUUGCGGCCGCGGGCCUCGCGCAACGGCGCCGAGCGGCUCGCCACCGCGCUGAUGGGCGAUCUUGGCCAUCCCAACGAUGACUGGCCGCCGCUGACCAUGGUGCGCCGCUUUUCCGAGAUGCUCAUCGUCAGCGACUUCCUGCGCCCGGUCGAAGAGUGCGAAGCCUUUCUCAACGACGUGGCCCAGCACGGACCGCGCCCGCAUCUGGUCGAGGUGGCCGACCCGGCCGAAGAGGAUUUUCCCUACAAGGGCCGCACCGAAUUCCUCGAUCCCGAAACCGGCGAACGUAUCACCUCGGGCCGCGCCCAGGACUGGCAGGCCGACUAUACCGAACUGCGCGCCGCGCGCCGAGACGCUCUGCGCCAGCGCGCCCAUGCGCUCGGCGGCAGCUUCACGGUCAGCCGCACCGACCGGCUGGCCUCGGAGACGCUGGUGCGCCUGCACGGCCUGAUGACCGGCAAUCCCGAAGAAGUCGCCGCGACCGACGCACCAGGUGAUUCGAUCCUUGCGCGCCUCGUCAAGAAAGAGGAGACGCCGGCCAAGAGCCCUUGGUGGCUGACGGCGCUACGCCUUGGUUUGACCGCGCUCGUGAUCCUCGCGCUCGCCCGGCCGAUCCUCAACCCGCAAAGCGAACUGGCUUCGGGCGACGGCCCGUUGCUGAUCCUCAUCGACAAUGACUGGUCCGCGGCCCCCGACUGGGACGAUCGGGUCCGGACGGCGCAGGCGCUCAUCGCCCAGGCCGGCGAUCAGGGCCGCCCGGUGGCCUUGGCGCCGACGGUGGCCGGACCGGCAGCGACCGUUCAGCUCACCGACGCGGGCGCCGCCGCCGACAUGCUGGGCGCGAUCGAGCCGAUUGCCGGACGCGCCGAGCGCGACGCGACAUUGGCGCGGCUGCUGGCCGCCACAGAGACCGCCGACGCGCCGCCGGUCCUCGCCAUGAUCGACACCGGGCUCGCCGAACCGGACGGCGAAGCGCUGAACGACCGGCUCGCCGGUGCCGGCCUGGAUGGCCUGUUGCGCUUUACCGCCACCGACCGGGACCUCGUUGCGAUCACCGCCGCCGACAACCGCACCGACGGUUUCGCCUUGAGCCUUGCGCGCACGCCGGCAGCCGCCGAAACCGCGAGCGUUGCACUCUACGACAGCCGCGAGCGGCUUCUGGGCCGGGGCGAAACCACGUUCGAGGCCGGCGCCGCCGAAACCAUUAUCACCUUCGACAUCCCGUUCGAGCUGCGCAACGACAUCGCCACGGCGCGGAUCGACGACGCGCCCCAUGCCGGCGCGGCGUUCCUUCUGGACGAGAACAAUCGCCGCCGCCGCGUCGCGCUUCUGACCGGUCUUGCCGGCGACGAGGCGCAGCCGCUGCUGUCGCCGCUUUUCUACAUUUCGCGGGCACUCGCCCCGUUUGCCGACCUGAUCGAGCCGCGCACCGGCGAUCUGAGCGUCGACGUUCCCGAGAUGAUCGACCAGGGCCCGGCGAUGAUCGUCAUGGCCGAUAUCGGCGUUCUGCCUGCGGCGGCCGCCGACCGGAUCGAUGAAUGGCUGGCCGCCGGCGGAACGCUUGUCCGCUUCGCGGGUCCGCGCCUUGCCGCCUCGGCCCAAGACGAUCCCUACCUGCCCGUGACGCUCCGCGCCGGCGAGCGCGCCCUUGGCGGAGCCCUCUCGUGGAGCGAGCCGCAGGCGGUCGCCGCCUUUGCCGCCGAAAGCCCGUUCGCCGGGCUCGAAGCGCCGCGCGAUGUGACCGUGACACGCCAGAUCCUUGCCCAGCCCGAUGCCGACCUCGCCGACCGCACAUGGGCGAGCCUCGCCGACGGCACGCCGCUUGUCACCGGCGUCCGGCGCGGCGAGGGUGCGAUCGUCCUGUUCCAUGUCACCGCCGAGGCGACCUGGUCGAACCUGCCGAUCAGCGGCACCUUCGUCGACAUGCUCCGGCGGAUCACCGAUUUCGCGCGCAACACCGAACCGGGUCAGGCGCCGGUGACCGCUGCGGCCGAGAGCACGGCCGCCUUGCCCCCGCUGCGCAUCCUGCGCGCCGACGGCACGCUCGCCAUUCCGCCCGCCCAUGUCCGCCCGCUCGACGCCGAAGCCGACGCCCGGCCCGGUUUCGAGAACCCCGCGGGCCUUUACGGCACGCCUGAGGGUUUCGUUGCACGCAACGUGCUUGCCCGCGACGAGACGCUGACGGCGUUUGCACCCGCGCCACCCGGCCUGGACGUGGCCGAGCAAUCGCUGGUCGCCGAGGACGAGGCGGAUCUGAGCGGCUGGCUGUUCCUCGCCGCCUUCGUCCUGCUGAUCGCCGACACGCUCGCGGUCCUGUGGAUCAAUGGCCGCCUGUCGUUCGGCACCGCGCCGCGCCGCCGCGCGCCGGCAAGCGCUGCCAUCGCGCUUGCCGCCGGCCUUGUCGUCAUAUUCGGCGCCGGCACCUCGCGGGCCGACGACACGCGGCCCGGCGACGAUCUGAUCCUCGAUGCGCUGGAGACGACCCGCAUUGCCUAUGUGCUGACAGGCGACCGGACCGUCGACGAGACGACCCGCGCCGGCAUUGACGGGCUGACCCGCUUUCUGGCCUCGCGCACGGCAUUCGAGCCCGGCGCGCCGGUCGGCCUCGAUAUCGAGGCGGACGAACUGGCCUUCUAUCCGCUGAUCUAUUUUCCGAUGAGCGCGCAAGGCGACAUGCCGUCCGAAACCGCCGUGGCGCGGCUCGACGCCUACAUGCAGAACGGCGGCACCAUCCUGUUCGACACGCGCGACCAGCUCACCGGAUCGUUCACCGACGGCGCGACACCCGAAACAGAACGGCUGCGCGACAUUCUCGGCGGCCUCAACGUGCCGCCGCUCGAGCCCGUGCCCACCGAUCACGUGCUGACCAAGGCGUUCUACAUCCUCGACAAUUUCCCCGGCCGCUAUGCCGGCUCGCCGCUCUGGGUCGAGGCGUCGGCGCUCGAUGACGGACGCGCCGACCGCCCCGUGCGCAGCGGCGACGGCGUGACGCCGAUCAUGAUCACCGGCAACGAUCUGGCCGCCGCAUGGGCGCUCGACGAUGCCGGCCGGCCGCUGCACGCCAUCGCCACGGGCGAUCCGCUGCAGCGCAUCUAUGCGUUCCGGUCGGGGGUCAACAUCAUGAUGUACAUGCUGACCGGCAAUUACAAAGCCGAUCAGAUGGAAACCAACACGCUUUCGCUGACCUUCGAGCCGUUCCUGGCCUGGCCGCUGAUCGCCGUGGCGGCGCUGCUGGCGGCGGCGCUUUGCGCGACGAUCAUCGUCAUGGGCCUGCGCGGCGCGUGGCUGCGGACGCUCGCCGCCGCCUGCCUUGUCCUCGCGCUCGCCAAUCCCGUGAUCCUCAACGAGGAGCGCGCCGCGCUGCCGACGACGGUCGCCAUGGUGCUCGACACCUCGCAAAGCCAGCGGCUCGGCGAGCGGCUCGACCAGACAGAUGCGGCAGCAAGCGAGCUCGAACGGGCAUUCGAACGGUUCGGCCAAUUCGAUCUGCGCAUCGUCGAGACCGGCGCGGCGGCGACGGGAACGGCCACCGAAACCCGCCUGUUCGACGCGCUGCGUUCGGCCCUGCGCGACGUGCCGCCCGCGCAGGUCGGCGGUGCCGUGAUGAUCACGGACGGCCAGAUCCACGAUCUUCCCGAGACGCUCGCCGAACUGGGGUUCGAUGCGCCGGUUCACGGGCUGAUCACUGGGCGCGACGAUGAGUUCGACCGCAAGAUCGAACUGGUCGAAGCGCCGCGCUUUGCCAUCGUCGGCACGCCGGUCGAGAUGAGCUACCGCGUCACCGAUCAGGGCGCGAUGCCCGCCGCCGGCCAGGUGGUCAAUGUCGAACUUUUCCUCAACGGCGAACUGCAUGCGACGGCGCAGGCGGUGCCCGGACAGGUCUAUCCGAUCGACAUCGAGCUGGACCGGGGCGGCGCCAACAUCGUCGAAUUGCGCGUCGCCGAACUGGACGGCGAACUGACCGGUAACAACAACCGCGCCAUCAUGCGCAUGGAGGGCAUUCGCGAGAACCUGCGCGUGCUUCUGGUUUCGGGCGAACCCCAUUCGGGCGAACGCACCUGGCGCAAUCUCUUGAAGUCCGACGCCUCGGUCGAUCUGGUCCACUUCACCAUUCUGCGCCCGCCCGAAAAGCAGGACGGCACGCCGAUCAACGAACUGUCGCUGAUCGCCUUUCCGACGCGCGAACUGUUCGUCGAAAGGAUCGACGAUUUCGACCUGAUCAUCUUCGACCGCUACCAGAACCGCAACGUGCUGCCGACGCUCUACUACGAUUUCAUCGCCCAAUAUGUGCGUGGCGGCGGCGCGCUGCUCGUUGCCUCGGGCCCCGAAUAUGCGGGCCCGAACUCGGUCGCCCGCACGCCGCUCGUCAGCGCGCUGCCCGCCGCGCCGACCGGCGGUGUCGUCCAGGCGGGGUUCUAUCCGAGGCUGACCGACGACGGCGCGCGCCACCCUGUGACCCGCGAUCUGGAAGGCGCCGGCAGCGAGCCGCCGCAAUGGGGCCGUUGGUUCCGCAAUGUCGGCGUCACCGACAUCGAGGGUACCACGGUGAUGCAGGCCGGCGGCGACGCGCCGCUUCUGGUGCUCAACACCUAUGAGGAAGGCCGCGUCGGGCUGAUGCUGUCGGACCAUGGCUGGCUGUGGGCGCGCGGCUUCGAGGGUGGCGGCCCCCAUGUCGGCCUUUACCGGCGCCUCGCCCACUGGCUGAUGAAGGAACCCGAACUGGAAGAGGAGGCGCUGACGGCGACCUCCGAGGGCGACCGCCUCUCCAUCCGCCGCCAGACCAUGGCCGAGACCGCCGGGCCGGUGACCGUGACCACGCCAUCGGGCGAUGUGCUGACGCUCGAUCUUGUCGAGCGCGCGCCGGGCCUGUUCGAGGCGGAGCUGCAGACCGACGAAAUCGGCCUGUUCAACCUCGAAAAUGGCGACCUCACCGCGCUUGCCCAUGUCGGGCGCACCGACGCGCCGGAGUUCCGGGACAUGAUCUCGACGGCAGAACCGUUGGCCGAAGCGGUGCGCGAAACGGGCGGCACGGUGCGGCGUGUCGCAGGCAAUGGGAGUGUCGAUGUGCCCUCAAUCCUGCCCGUGCGCUCGACCGCCGAUGCCAGCGGCCGCGACUUCAUGGGGUUCAGGCGCUGUUCGGCGGGUUUCUCGGGCUCGGGCUGA